AUGAGGUUUCUCCCGAUCAUUGCAAUUCUGCUGUUCCAGAAGUCCACAGUAACUAAACAACUUAAGAGAUGCUGGGAUGAAUAUAUACAAGGAUAAUGCAGGAAAAUAUGCAAAAUAACUGAAAUACGUGAAGUACUAUGUGAAAAUGGGAGAUACGGUUGCCUCAAUAUUGUGAAACUGGAAGCAGUAAAAAAAACUACACAGCCACCUCAUCCAAAGCCAAUGACUUAUGCAAUAACUUUUCCUCAAGAUUAUGAUAUAAAUACGAAAAAAUGA